AUGUAUGUCGCGAAUAGAGGAGAUCGAGGAACGAAGCUGAGAUUUUGGUCGAAGCGACAGCAACGGCGGCAAACUCGGCUAGAUCCACCACAGCUGCUCCGCCUUGAUGCGAGAGCUAGUUGUCACUCUGGUGGAGGAGUGGCGAUUCGAGUCGUGGUCGACUCUGCUCUCCGAAUCUCGGUCGGAUUGGAGGACGCGUAG